AUGACAGCAUGGGACAACGUGCGCAGCUUGGCCCCGCCGCCUUCAUGUCAGCGCAGGUAUCUCCGGAAUGUUGUGUCAUGUCUGCGCCGCCGGGAAACUAGGCGGUGUGACCAGUGGAGGAUUGACACGGGGUCUGCAGAUCUCAUAACACCUGACCAGCCUUACCGUGUGUCCGUGUUGGAGUGCAAGAUUGUCGCUCAAGAGGUCAAUGACAUGCUAGCUAAGGGCGUCAUCCAAGAUUCCUCUAGCCCUUGGGCUGCACCGGUCAUCCUCGUGAAAAAGAAGGAAAGGUCCUGGAGGUUUUGCGUCAACUACCGGUGUCUCAAUUCUGUGACAAAAAAGGAUGUGCACAAAAAUUGCAAUGACAUCUUGCCUUUUAUCACAUAUGCCUACAACACUGCAAAGCAUGAAGCUACUGGCUAUGGCCUCUGA